AUGUGUAGCCUUGAGACAGAAGGUAUAGUAUCAGGUUACUGUAAACCUGCAUGGGAAUGCAUUCGGCAAUUGUUCCUUCAGAAUUUUGCUGAACAACUUGAUGUCGGUGCUACACUUUGUGUUUAUCACGGAAAUCAAUGUGUUGUUGAUUUAACUGGCGGAUGGUUUGAAAGUGAAGAUCAUGCGAAACCGUAUCAACAUAAUACACUACAAAUCGUUUAUUCAACCGGGAAAGGUAUCAUUGCUACUGCUUUGGCUAUAUGUGUUCAGCGAGGAUGGUUGGAUUACGAAGAAUCCGUAGCUAAAUAUUGGCCUGAGUUUGAACAGAACGGAAAGCAGAAUAUCAAAAUUAAAGAUUUACUAUCACAUCGUGCUGGCUUGCCUGUAAUAGAUGAUGAUUCAUUGAAAUUAGAAGAUGUUUAUGACGAUCCAACGAGAAUUGUACAACUUCUUGCCGAACAGAAACCCUACUGGGAGCCUAAUGUUGGUGGUCACGGUUACCAUGCAUUGACUUUUCCUUAUUUAGCGAAUGAAUUAAUUCGCCGAGUUGAUAAUGGUAAACAUCGUUCAAUGGGACAAUUCAUUGAAGAAGAAAUCGCUCCCAUCCUAGACAGUUGUGAAUAUUUUGUUGCCAAACGUUUACCAAAACAGCACGCAAGUCAAGUUUGUGCAAGUAUACUACCUCCACUGGAAUCAUCAUCAGAUCAACCUAUAGUGAAUCAAUUGCAGUAUCGAGCAUUCACUCUGAAUGGUCUUAUUCAACUUCCGCCUAUUGAUAGUACAGACAAACGAUUGUCUAUUAUCAACAUUUUCACGAAUGCUCGUUCAUUAGCACGACUCUAUGCAUCACUGCUAUUCACAGAAGACCUUUUAACAUCGAAAACUUUAGCGACAGCUAUACGCAAUAACACACCUCGCAACGAACCCGAUCAAAUUCUUGAUGAUAUGCCAACAAAAUUCAGUCAAGGUGGUUUCAUGCUAGACGAUACAGUUGUGAAAGAGUUCGGCAAUGUUUUUGGACACUGGGGUAAGAUUGUUAACCCGUUUCUCGUACUGCGAAUCUCAUCUGUCGCUUGUUUAUCGGCAGGUUUAGGUGGAAGCAUAGCAUUUGCUUGUCCAGACAAACAACUAUCAUUUGCUUAUGUGCCAAAUAAAUUAAAUCUGGAUAUGAGUAAAACCAACAAACGUAUUCAACGAAUUCUCGAUGCUGUUCGCACAUUAAUCGACUAA